AUGUUUUGGUCUAAGAGACCCGAAACUUUCAAUGCUCCUCGUCAGAUUGUAGGGAAUUUUAAAUGCGAAAGGAAUUUAUAAGAGUUAGAGGAAUUUCCAUCGAAUUUCAUCAAAACAUCAAGAUAUAAUGUGGUAACUUUUCUACCGAAAUCGUUACUCCUACAGUUUACUCGAUACGCAAACAUUUACUUUUUAUGCAUCGCAAUAAUUUAGUGCAUUCCAGUGCUCUCAACGCUCAACCCCUUCAGUGCGAUAGCUCCAUUGGUAUUUGUGCUGGGAUUGUCAAUGGCUCGUGAAGGUUGGGAAGACUAUGGACGACAUGUUUCAGACAAUGAAGUAAACUCAACGGAAUGCAUCAUCCUAAAAUCAAGAGUGCCAACAAUUUCAACAUGGGCAGAGUUAGCAGUGGGAGAUUAUGUAUUGGUGAAGAAGGACGAGAGUUUUCCUGCAGAUCUCAUAGUGCUUUCGAGUUAAAUUCCAAGUGGGGCAUGCUACAUCGAGACAUCUUCAUUGGAUGGAGAGAAAAAUUUAAAACCAAAGAGUGCUAUUUUAGAGAGUCAGGAACUCUAUAAGGAAAUUGAAACUUAUUGCGAAGAUGCGAUACGCGUUGAAGCAUAGGUUCCCACUUAAAAUCUGUAUGAAUUGGACGCUUCCUUGUUUUUGCCAAUUGGUAAUGGUUAGUAGAAAAAGUUUUAGUUAACAGCUAAGUAAUUGUUGUUAAGAGGUGCAUUCCUCAGAAAUACUGAAUGGAUUAUAGGGUUAGUUGUUUAUACAGGAUAGGACACUAAAAUUAUGAGGAAUGCUGAUGCCUCAAGAAUAAAGUCGAGUGAAAUCGAAAGAAUUAUGAACAUUCUUAUUUUGGGGAUUCUGGUGGUGCAAAUCACUUUGUCGAUCAUCACAGCUUCCUUUUCAUCGGCUUGGCUCCAUAAUUAUGGGAGCGACAGUUGGUAUUUGGAAUACACUGACUUUUAACCGAACUUGCUCAGUUUUUAUGCGUUUUUCAGUUAUAUUUUAUUAUAUAAUACAAUGAUCCCUAUAUCAUUGAUAGUUAGUUUGGAAUUCGUUAAAGUGUUCCAAGCUUACUUUAUUGAAUAAGACGAGGAGAUGUAUGUAGCUCAGAGGAACAAAUUCGCUAAAGUGUAAACUACAACCAUUAAUGAAGAGUUAGGACAAGUGGAAUAUAUCUUCUCUGACAAAACUGGAACUUUGACCUGCAAUCAAAUGGAAUUCAAGUAUUGUAUUAUUGGCAACGUACUCUACGGCAAGGAAUAAUCCAACACAAACAAUCCAGUAUAUAAUGUAGAUCUAAAAAGACAGCAAACCACUAAAGUACAUCCUGAAAGUGAGGUGUUCCAGCAUUCAGUCUUCAAUUUCCAAGAUGCUGAAUUGAGUGCCAUUCUCAAAGGCGAAGGAUCCACAGGCGAUAUGCCGAUAAAUCUUAAUAUUGCAUCCUAGGAUGGCAAACAAAAAGUGACUCUAUCUAAACAGCGAAACGUAAUUGAAGAAUACUUUUUUUUGUUGUCUUCUGCUCAUGAAUGCAUCAUUCAAUAUGAUAAGAAUUAGAAUGCAUCCUAUUAGGGUCCCUCUCCAGACGAGAUCACUCUAGUAGAUGCAGCAGCCAGAUUAGGAUUUCAAUUUACUGGUGCAUCUGCAAGUGAGUAGAAUUUCAAGAUCUUGGGCAAAGAAAAAAAAGUGAAGUUGCUUAAAUCAUUUGAAUUUGAUUCCACUCGUAAGAGAAUGAGUGUAAUAAUAAAUGAUAACGGAGUCAUCAAAUUAUAUAUCAAGGGAGCAGAUAAUAUCAUAAAAGAUAGACUAUUACCUGAUCAACCAUUUCUAAAUGAGAUUAUUAAUUAUUUGGAUGACUUCAGCAAAAUUGGAUUAAGAUGUCUCCUCAUGGCUACAAGAGUGUUAUCUCAUGAAGAAUAUCAAGAAUUUGAUCAUGCUUAUAAUAAUUUACCAGACAAUGACACCAGAGCAAGUGAAUUAGAAAAACUAACAAGUAAUUUGGAAAAAUAACUAACUUUAUUGGGUGCUUCUGCUGUUGAAGAUAAAUUAUAGCCUUUAGUGCCAGAGACUAUUGCUGACUUGUUAAAGGCAAACAUAAAAGUGUGGAUGUUGACUGGUGAUAAAUUAGAGACAGCAGAGAACAUAGCUAAGAGUUGUAGGUUGAUUUAAGGCGAUUUUACAGUGAUGAGAUUGGCAGUGCCGUCAGUUGAGGAAUGCAAAAAGAAAUUAGGAGAUAUCUAAGAUACAUAUGAUCUAUGUAUAAAGGAGAAUAGGAAAAAAUCAAUAGUAGUUGAAGGAUCAUCCUUGUAAUUUGUAAUAGAUAAUGAAGAUUUAGCUUAGGCCUUUGUUAGUAUGGCAAAGGAUUGUGAAAGUAUUGUUUGUUGCAGAGUAACUCCUAAGCAGAAAGCUGAUGUUGUCAGAUUAAUUAAGGACAGAUUGAACAAGAUCACUUUGGCUAUUGGAGAUGGAGCCAAUGAUGUCAACAUGAUUUAGGCAGCUCAUAUUGGAGUUGGGCUAUAUGGAAAUGAGGGAAUGAGAGCAGUUUAAAGUAGUGAUUUUGCUUUGGGAGAAUUCAGAUGUUUAUGGAGAUUAUUACUAGUACAUGGACAUUGGAAUUACAUUAGAAUUGCAGAGAUGGUGUUGUAUUUCUUUUACAAAAACAUGAUAUUCACUGUGCCCCAAUUCUUCUUUUCAUAUUUCUGUGCCUUUUCAGGAUAGUCUUUCUUUGAUGAUUGGUAUAUCACUUUCUAUAAUCUUAUCUUUACAGCAUUACCACUUAUAAUGAGGGGCACAUUUGAUUAGGACAUCAAUUAUAGAUAAUAUUGUUAGUAUGACUAGAAAGAGGAAGUGGCUAAUGUGCAGAGGAAAUAAGAAUAAUAUUUAAGACUUAAAUUUCCGAGUCUCUAUUAUGUGGGAUAAAACAAAACUAUCUUCACUAUUCCCAAUUACAUGGUUUGGGCUUUCAAUGGUUUAGUUCAUGGGAUGAUUAUAUUUUUCUUUGUACUUUGGAUUACUGAUUAUGAGAUCGUGCAAGAUAAUGGAGAUUCAAGCAGUUUGGCACCAUUCUCAUUGACAGUCUAUUCUUGCAUCAUCUUGAUUGCUGACCUCAAAAUAGCCAUCCAUACCAAAUUCUGGACAUGGUUUAAUUUUAUUAGCAUCACCUUUCUGUCCAUUCUACUCUACGUCAUUUACGUGAUCAUUUCUAAUUUCUGGCCUGGAACUCUGAUGGAAUACACUCCAUUCACCAUGGUGGGCACACCUCACUUCUGGUUGAGCAUAAUUCUUAUAGGCGCCUUAAUAGGGGGAUUGGAAGCUGUCCAGGCAGAAAUCAUAAGGGAAUUCUUUAGUGAUCCAGCCACGGAGAUAUUAAACAAGGUUAAAGUGUUUGAACACAAUCUCAAUAAGUGGGUAGAAAAUUAGGAAAAGAUUGCAAGGCAAGAUUCAUUUUGGGCUGGGAUUUAUAAAUAAAAGGAAGCUGUUGACGAAUAAGAAUUAGUGAGAUUUAGUGGCUCAUAAUAAUGA